UCCCACCCACACGAGCCAGUCACAACUCGCAAUACUCGCACACAGCACAAUCAGUGUGUUAGUUGAAUUGACAUUGUGACCACGCGUUUAAGUUUUUGUUGUUUACACAAGAGUUUAUACGUAACUUUGAAGAGAUUGUAAAUAAUUGAUUGCAAAAAAAAUAUUGAAUCGUGAAUAAUCACCAUUGUGUUUUAAGAGUAAGGCGACGUUAUAUGUGUUUUUAGUCCCAACAUUAUGGGGUAAUUGAAGGCGUUUUCGUGAGAACGAAGCGUAUGUUAAAGAAGAUACAUACAGUAUUAAUUUUAAGACAAGGUUGUACGGAAAACCGGCCGUCAUGUAUUCUAUGAAUUAUAUCGGUCAGUUCAUAGCGAACUUUCGCGAAUUCUAUAAUGAGAUCAACGCAGCGACACUUACUGGAGCUAUAGAUGUCAUCGUAGUCGAACAGCCCGAUGGCAGCUUCACCUGUUCGCCAUUCCACGUGCGUUUUGGGAAACUCGGCGUGCUUCGAUCCAGAUUUAAAGUGGUAAGAAAAAAAAUAUUCAGUAGAAAUAACAUCUUCUAUCUUCUUCUUCUAUAUAUAUAAAAAUGAAUUGCUGUUCGUUAGCCUCGCUAAAACUCGAGAACGGCUGGACCGAUUUGGCUAAUCUUGGUGUUGAAUUAUUUGUGGAAGUCCAGAGAAGGUUUAAAAGGUGGAAAAUGCUCGGAAUUAAAUAAAAAUAACAAUUUUGUUUUUCCUUUGAUGUGUCCCCCGUCGGACGGAUUCCUUUUGUUUGUUUUAAGUUUAUUUUAUACAAAAGUUUAGGUCUUUUAUUUAUCGAUUGAGGCAAUACGAAGUCUGUCGGGUCAGCUAGUUAGUAAUAUAAUUUUUUCAAUUUCAAUGUUUUCAAUUUAAUGGUGUUAUGAAUCACCAGUUGUAUGUGUCUUCUUUUCCGGAAAUAUGUACUUUCGCCACACGUGGCACGAUGUAGGUACAUCUGUACGAAAAUAAUAUUGUUGUUCGCAGUCUCCGCGUCCUCGCAUCGUUUAUACGAUCGAGUUUAAACUUUGUACAGUUGUUGUCACUCUGCGUUUGUGUAAAAUAUUCGGACAUGCUAAAAUUUACGUAAAAAAAAAUUGGCAUUUUUAGGGCUUAUUUAAAUGGAACGUGCUUAGUGGUUACCAGAUCACGUAGACAUCAAAAACGUAAAUUCCGCCGCCCACCUUGAGAGCUCUAUGUCUCAGUUUAAUAGUACAACGGCUGCUCUACCCUUCAAACCGAAACGCGAUGAUGCUUUCCGGCAGAAAUAGACAAAUUAGUGGUAUUAACCCGUGCGGGGUCACAAAGUACCCUAUUUAGUUUAAUGAAUUUCAUUCCACUUGUUAACGGAAUUGUAACAUGCGUUAUGGUAAACUAGGCAGAAUCAAGUGUACUUGUUCAACUUAGCCUUAUUUUACAAAUGAGCACAAGAAAUAACUUCCACUAGUUAGUACCUUAUUCACUUUUGGUGCAUUGAUAGGUAUUUAUUGAAAGGAAUAAUUAAGAACCGUAUUCUGAGUUUUACUUUCAAGAUGUUACUAAAGAAUAAACUCGGAUUGUAAAACCUGUUUAGUAGAUAAAUUAUAUUUCAAUGAAACAAACCUCUUAAGAAUGUUACGGAACCAAUGCUUGUUAGUCUUGCAAAAGCUGCAAAAUGUCGAGGACGACCGCGCCUCGUCUACGUUUAUUGUCGUCGUUAUUAAUUAACAUGCUGGUAACGUUUUCAAAUUCACGGUUUAUUUGGGCCUUGUGUGUGUUUGCGUAAAGCGCUUAUAUGUAUGUGUACAGCCGCGCCAGGAAAAAAACAGCUCAAAUAUAAAAUUAUUUCCGUGUUCUAAUCUCACGGCUCUGACAUUAUUACUAUUCGGUCGCCUCCCAUCUUUAUUUGAAAACAUCCCUCUUAACACAUAAUCCUUUUUCCAAAACGUAUAUUGAUGCAAUACCAGCAUGCAAUCAGAAAAACUUUGCACUACAAAAUCAAAUGUACUCACAAUGUAUAUGUCGUGGAUAACGACUUUUAGUUGUCGUGGAUAACGACUUUUAGUAAUAUUAAGACGGUGGUUUUGAUUAUUAUUUUAAAUGAUGAGAUGUUGUUGUUCGCGACGGACAUAAAGAAACAUAGUUAGAAUAGGACAUUCCCGACGGACAUUUAGGAAAAUUAGAAAUAGAAUAGAUACGUAAAAAUAGUUAUAAAUGUCCGCAAAUAGAUAGUAUAUGAAAAAUAGCUGUGAAAUAAAUAGAUAGAGAAUGUCCGUAAUGAACAUAGUAAAUAUAUAAUAGAAAUGUCCGUAAUAAAUAGUUAUGUUAAAAAUAAGUUAACAUAAAAUAGAUAAUAAAUAGUUUAUAAUAGAGAAUGUCCGUGAUAGACAGUAUGUUAAAAAAUAGUUAGCAUACAAAUGUAAAUAGAUAUAAGUAAAUUUGUAAAUAUUUGUUUGAAAAUAAAGAUUGGUCCUCGUGGUCUUUAAUUUGGCGUGGGAACGCAGGAGCGAGUCACAAUACGGGCGACUAAUAGAGCGACUAGGCAAACAAUAGGCGAGCGAGGCGGCCGAGAGAACAAUGGACGCCCACCGUGCUCGGACUCAUAAUAGCGCUGGCCGAGUGCGCGUGGGCGACCAUAAAUAGGGGGCCUACCUCGCUGCAAAUUCAGUUCGAGACAGCGAGCCGACGAGUCAAGACCUCUCCAGAAGAAGAGGAGAGAGCCAAUCGACGACAAGAAAAGACUCGCUCCUACGCCCUGCGCCGGUCAAGCCACGAGGACCGUGUGAACGCCAUACUGAAGCCUUCGUUAUUUUCCUCGAACCAAUCCCAGCACCCGUUCCGCGACAGCCACUGCGGCAAUACUCGAGCCACCACGUUUCAACGAGUAAGAAGUCUAAAAAUCACACGUGGUGGCCGAAACCUGAGCGGUGGCCGUCCGGAAUAUUGGUCCUUCGAGAGCCGGAUUCAUUUGAGGAAGAUCGAAGAAAAUUGAAGAUUGAAGAUUGAAGAAAUGGUGCUCACACGGUCCGAGAAGAUGAGGUCGUCACGCCUUGACCGGCCCGGCAACGAAGCUGUCUCGGGCUCAACAUCGCAAGACGCACAGCAACGAGCUGUGUCGGCCGCGCCGCGUUCGGGAGUGACGCAGGGACCGCCACCGAUGGCGGCAACCUCCUCCCAGUCAACCGCGCCGCGUUCGGGAGUGACGCAGGGACCGCCACCGAUGGCGGCACCCUCCUCCCAAGUGGAAAAGUGUCCGGGAGUGCCGCGGGGCUCACAAGCGAUGCCCCCCUCCCGCCAAAUAUUGCCUACGCAAUACUCGCCGGCGUCGCCAACGGGACCGAACAGCGGGGUCUGUCGUCGAGUGGUCAGACCUCCCAGCACCGCGACACCGGCAACAACUUCAGGCGACGCAGUAACGGAGAGCGUCGUAUCCGCGAGCCAGAACAGAAAAGAGUCAGCGCUCACGGCCAAUCCAAUUGUACACGGGUCCCACAUCACGGACGCCGCUGCCAAAAUCUCGACGACAGAAGAAGGCUCCACACUCCGCGACGGGAUGGCGCCACCAGUACGAGGAUCUUCAAGAAAGUCGAGUCAACAGUCACAACGGCUGUUGCUUAUGGCGCGCCUCAAGGAAGAGCAUCUUCGCGCCAAAGAAGAACAAGCCCGACUCCAAGCAGAGCUCGCCGCCGCCCGCAUCUCAACAUUAGAAGCCGAAGCGCUCGUUGAAGAGGAGGAAGAUGCGCGCACAACACUCACGGAGGACGAGAACGAGCAAUCACAGCGCAUCGACACAUGGCUCAGUCAGCAACGAUCGAUCGCGCUACACGGAGUCGAAGAAAGAGUAAUGCAGCCAACACACGGAUCACCAGCCACCAUCGAGCAACCGCAACUGGAACUUCCCGCACCAAUAGAACAGCUGAAGCUACCGGCCCCUGCCGCGGCACCGAUUGCCGCACCUGUCGCACCGAAGAGCGACAUCGCCGAACUAGCAGCUGCCAUCGCGACGGCCGCCCGCCAAGCCAGGCCCGGACCAUCGCACCGGUACUACGGGGAGCUUCCAGUGUACAGUGGAUCGCAUCAAGAAUGGCUCUCCUUCAAGGUCGCCUACGCCGAAUCAGCGGACAGCUUCAGCGCCGCAGAGAACACUGCGAGACUUCGGCGUACGUUGAGAGGAAGAGCAAGAGAAGCGGUCGAAAACUUGUUGCUGCAUUACACCGAGCCCGCCGAGAUCAUGCGGACUCUAGAAUCGCGCUUCGGACGUCCAGAAGCAAUCGCCGCAACGGAGCUGGAACGACUGCGCGCGCUGCCACGCUGCACGGACACACCGAGGGACAUCUGCGUAUUCGCGAAUAAGGUGAACAACGUCGUCGCCGCUCUGAGGGCCCUCGACCGCGUACAUUACAUGUACAACCCGGAGCUCACCAACAUCACAUCAGAGAAGCUGCCGUCCACUCUACGCCACCGCUGGUUCGAAUUCUCAGCGACUCAACCGGCGGGAGAACCGGACCUCGUCAAGCUGUCGCGCUUCCUGCAACGCGAGGCGGACCUGUGCAGCCCAUACGCACAGCCGGAGCCAGAGACGAGAGUGGAGAACACCAGCGGUCGGCGGAAGAUGGUGAAUACGCCUCAGAGGACGCACACCACGCAAGCGAAGGAAGAGAGGAAAUGCGCAGCAUGUCAGAAGCCGGGGCACAUCCCACAAGAUUGUCCCGAAUUCAAGAGAGCAGCCGUCAGCGAGCGCUGGGAUACGGCGAAGCGCGAGAAUUUGUGUUUCCGGUGCCUACGGUUCCGGUCCCGGGGACACGUGUGUAAAAAGAAAAAGUGCGGCGUCGACAGCUGUGAACGCACGCACCACGAGCUGUUGCAUAAGAAGCCAGCAUGGCAGAAACCGAAAGAAAAAGAAGAGGCGGUCACCUCGACGUGGGCCGCAAGAAGUGCGACAGCCUACCUAAAGAUGGCGCCAAUUACUGUUAUCGGACCGGCGGGAGAAGCAGAUACAUGGGCCCUGCUGGACGACGGGUCAACGAUCUCGCUGAUCGACGAAGACUUCGCGAGACAAGUGGGCGCCAAAGGACCGAUCGAACCCCUCUUCAUCACUGCCAUCGGAGACAACAAGAUAGACGCAACACGCUCACGACGCGUCCCGCUGAAGCUAUGCGGACGCACGGGGGAACCGCAAGAACUGAACCUACGGACAGUCAACGGCUUAAAAUUAACACCACAGCGACUGAACAUCGAAGUCCUCGCGUCGUGCCAUCACCUCACCGACCUCCGCCAUCACUUCAAAACGAGCUACGCCUCGCCGAAGAUACUGAUCGGCCAAGACAACUGGCACCUGCUGGUGACGGAGGAGAUGCGGACGGGACGACGCGAUCAGCCAGUGGCGUCUCGUACUCCGCUCGGGUGGGUCGUGCACGGAGCACACCCGGGAGGCAAGAGACAGCGCGUCAACUUCGUGGGACACGCGACGACGGUCGAUACGAACAUGGACGAAGCCCUCAAGCACUACGUCGCGAUCGAGGGACUCACCGUCGCCGCCAAGACGCCGAAGAAUGACCCAGACGAGCGCGCGCUGAAGAUCCUGCGAGAGACCACUCAACAGCAACCCGACGGCCGCUACGAGACCGCACUGCUGUGGCGUGAGGAGGGCCUGAAGAUGCCCAACAAUUUCGAAGCCGCGCUAAAUCGCCUGACGUCCGUAGAGAAGAAACUGGAGAAGGAUCCAAACAUGAAAGAGCGCUACAAGCAACGAACAAACGCGCUGGUAGCGAAAGGAUACGCCGAAGUAACUCCGUCGACGGGUACGAAGAAGCGAACCCGGUACCUGAAACACUUCGGCGUAACACACCCAAUGAAGCAGGAGAAGAUUCGCAUCGUGCACGACGCCGAUGCGAAAAAUAGAGGGAAGAAGCCCAAACGACAUCCUGCUCACCGACCCGGACCUGCUGCAGUCGCUGCCCGGAGCGAUGAUGCGCUUCAGGCAGCACGCCGUCGCCGUCUCCGUGGACAUCGCGGAGAUAUUCAUACAGAUAGGCGUCCGAAGCGAGGACCGCGACGCGCUCCGGUACUUGUGGAGGGAGAACCCUUCACGAGAACCUAUAGAAUACCGGAUGAGAUCCAUCGUCUUCGGCGCGAGAAGCUGACCUGCAACCGCCAUCUGCGUGAAGAACCGACUGCAGUACCCGGACGCCGCCGACCUGAAGCUCCACACGUAAGUGGACACCAACAAGUACGCCCACGACGCCGCGUUGUACUGGCGCGUGGAGACGCCCGACGGGGAGAUGAGGACCUCCCUAGCCAAAGACCGAGUCGCAACCGUGAAGCUAACUUCGAUACUGCGUCUCGAGCUACAAGCCGCCGUGAUGAGCAGCCGCAUGGCCGCGGCCGUCACGGAAAAACACUAUAGAAAGCCAGACACGAGUGUUCUGGACCGACAGUGCCACCAUAGAAGAGAACAGCACUGUGGAGGAAUGGCGCUGGGUCCCCACAAGAGAGAAUGUCGCCGACGACGCCACAAGAGAAAUACCCGUCGGCUUUGUAGAAAACCACCGCUGGUUCAUAGGCCCGGAAUACCUAAGACGGCAUCCGGAUGAUUGGCCCGUACAACGGACUGCAAAAAAGGCAGAAGAGACGGGCGAAGAGAAGUGCGCAACGCUCGCCGUGAGCAGAGAGAGCCUCGGCGAAGCGAUCCCGGACCCAAGACGCUUCUCCAAGUGGGAGAAGUACCUGCGUGCAACGGGGCGAAUACUGCAAUUCGUCGACCUAUGCCGCAGAAGUCGCGAGCGCACUUAUUACAAGAGGACCAGGCGGAACCCGCGUUCGGACCCAACGUGGGAGAAGAAUAGAAAGAAGACGACUUCGAAGACCCCGCUGAACACACCGCGGACGCCAGAGCAAGCAGUCAUCCAAUGGAAGACUUUAGACGCCGACACGCUUCGACGCGCCGAGACGCUCAUUUGGCGACAGAGCCAGCGGGCGGCCUUCGAGGAAGAGAUUUUGACGCUCCAGCGAGGGAAACAAAUAUCCCCAGCGAGCCGACUGCGAAACUUGUCCGUAACUUACGCGGACGGCAUAUUAAGAAUAAACGGACGCAUCGGCAACAUCGAGGGAGCUGACGUCAUCACCUCGCCUCUCGUGCUAGACGGAUCCCGACGCGAAACGAGACUGAUGAUAGACUUCAUCCAUAGAAAGAUGCACCACGCCGGAACCGAAGCUACGAUCGCCGAGUGCCGACAGUCGUACUGGAUCUUACGCCUACGCCCAGUGACACGGAGCGUGAUCCACAAUUGUCUUCCGUGUCGUAUCCGCAAGGACACUCCACCGCGUCCAGCCACAGGCGAUCACCCACCGAGCAGACUGGCACACCAUCGGCGACCAUUUACAUACGUGGGCCUCGAUUACUUCGGGCCCUAUCAAGUUACCACCGGCAGAAGCACCCAGAAGCACUACGUGGCCAUCUUCACAUGUCUCACUACGCGUGCGGUACAUUUAGAACCGGCAGCGAGCCUCAGCACGGACUCAGCGGUGAUGGCACUCCGGCGCAUGAUCGCGCGCCGGGGAGCUCCGACGGAGAUAUGGAGCGACAACGGCACCAAUUUACGGGGUGCCGACAAGGAGCUGCGCCAAGCUCUGGACAAGGCGACUGAGCAUGAAGCGAGCUUAAGAAUUAUCCAAUGGCGCUUCAUCCCACCGGGCGCGCCUUUCAUGGGCGGCGCCUGGGAAAGAAUGGUGCGGGCGGUAAAGGCCGCGCUCUCGGCCACGGAACAGCCGAGGCACCCGACGCCCGAAAUAUUUCACACUCUGCUAGCGGAGGCAGAGUUCACAGUGAACAGCCGACCUCUCACCCAUGUAUCGGUGAGCGCCGACGAUCCCGACCCUCUGACACCGAACCACUUCCUGCUGGGAGGCCCGGCGCGAGUCCCCGUGCCGGGCAAGUUUGACGACACCGACCUCAUAGGGCGCGCACACUGGCGCGCAGCUCAACGUCUGGCAGAUGUGUUCUGGAGUCGCUGGCUCCGGGAGUACCUGCCCGACCUGCAGAACCGGCGGGAGCCCCACAGCCGCGGGCCCGCCCUGAAGAUAGGCGACGUCGUGAUAAUAGCAGACGGAACGCUCCCACGGAACACCUGGCCACGAGGGAUCAUCCAGGAGGUUUACCCGGGGGCCGACGGCAUCACUCGAGUGGUCGACGUGCGCACCGCCGGCGGUAUCCUGCGACGCCCGGCAAAGAAGAUCAUCGUGCUGCCCACGAUGUCCGCCGCUCACCAAGGAGGAUGCAGCGACGUGAACGACGCUGCACGGCGGGAGGAUGUUCGCGACGGACAUAAAGAAACAUAGUUAGAAUAGGACAUUCCCGACGGACAUUUAGGAAAAUUAGAAAUAGAAUAGAUACGUAAAAAUAGUUAUAAAUGUCCGCAAAUAGAUAGUAUAUGAAAAAUAGCUGUGAAAUAAAUAGAUAGAGAAUGUCCGUAAUGAACAUAGUAAAUAUAUAAUAGAAAUGUCCGUAAUAAAUAGUUAUGUUAAAAAUAAGUUAACAUAAAAUAGAUAAUAAAUAGUUUAUAAUAGAGAAUGUCCGUGAUAGACAGUAUGUUAAAAAAUAGUUAGCAUACAAAUGUAAAUAGAUAUAAGUAAAUUUGUAAAUAUUUGUUUGAAAAUAAAGAUUGGUCCUCGUGGUCUUUAAUUUGGCGUGGGAACGCAGGAGCGAGUCACAAUACGGGCGACUAAUAGAGCGACUAGGCAAACAAUAGGCGAGCGAGGCGGCCGAGAGAACAAUGGACGCCCACCGUGCUCGGACUCAUAAUAGCGCUGGCCGAGUGCGCGUGGGCGACUAUAAAUAGGGGGCCUACCUCGCUGCAAAUUCAGUUCGAGACAGCGAGCCGGCGAGUCAAGACCUCUCCAGAAGAAGAGGAGAGCGCCAACCGAACAAGAAAAGACUCGCUCCUACGCCCUGCGCCGGUCAAGCCACGAGGACCGUGUGAACGCCAUA